GGAAAAACUGACGUGGUUUUCAGUCAAUGGCGGAAUCAAAACAAGAGGGACCAAAGGGGGUUCGACUUGUUGCCACUACCGUUUAUACUUUGAUGGCGAAGCAUCCAGAGCUAUGUUUCGGGAUUUUUGUAAUUAUCACGUCUAUAAUUUCUAAAUACAGUACAAGUGUUCUAGAUAAAGAUGUGUUGUCUCCGCCAAAAACCCCACAUCCAUUCUUCCCUCCUGGGUCCCCGGUAUUGGAUUACCCCUGGGGUGACUUGAUGCCAGUGGCCGACAUUCUGAUCAGAGAGGAGCUUCUGGUUGUGCUUUAUUAUGCUCCAUGGUGUGAAGAGUCGAUGCGAGCGAGAUCAGAGUAUUCAAAAGCAGCCAGAUUCUUGCAGGACAAAGUGCCAUUUGUAGCAAUCAACUGCUGGUGGCCACAGGGACCUUGCAAGACAAAUUAUAAGUUCCUCAGAUUCCCAGAAAUCUUUGUGUACCACACGACCAUAGAUGGACUGCGUUACUCAGGCCCUCUGUUAGCAGAGUAUAUUGUCCGAUUUGUAGAAGAAAUUAUGUAUCCUUUGACCUUUCUGUACUCGGAGGACAUGAUUUUGAAUUUUGUCUCAAAAGAAGAUAAUUCCCUCAUUGGAUUUUUUGAUUUCAAUUCAUCACCACAGCCCCCAGGAUAUAUCCAGUUUUACUAUGCAGCAAUGAGAUUGCUGGAGAAAAACCCCCUCCAGCCGAUUCGAUGUGGCAUUAUCACCCAGCAGUAUCUGGCCGAUGAGCUUGGUAUGACAGACACUGAGGAAAUCAUUAUAAUCAGGACCUUCAAUCAAUCCUUGCUGUAUCCAAGGACAAAAAACAUGACAAGUUCCAAUAUCUGGAAGUGGGCUCUUCAUUACAAGGAACAGCCCAUCGUACAAUGGCUUAAUUUGCCGGGAUACAAAAGCUUGGAGCUGUCAACAGCCAUUGGUAAAGGGCCAGCAGUUCUGGUGUUUGCUCCGGUGAAUCAUGUGUACCACACGAACUACUAUCUAAAUAUGGUGAGGGAAGUUGGCCUAUUGUACCACUACUGCCAUCAGGUGCCAUACCUGGAAUUUUUUCUCCGUCAGAGUAUGAGAGACAGAGCCAGCGUUCUCCAUAGUUACGCAGACCAACAGACUCUCUGUAGAAAUUUCCAUGAUGUGCAGGAGAGCCAGUUCUCUUAUCCAGACAGAAACUGUUGUGUAUCACUUGUAGGCGCAGACAACGGUUUACACAACUCCAAGAAAAUUUGUGAUUUUUGUCGAUACAUGGAGAAGAAAUUAACUCCAGCUUCGUCCCAGCCAUGUAACCUUGGAUUAUCUUCUUUUUUUGCUGAGGAUGCAGUUUUCGGUAGUGGUAUCCAGACUCCGUUUUGUUUAGACACAUUUGAAAAUUAUAAUACCAAUGAAUAUAGGACGUUGUGUUGUCGAGAAUGUAAGAUAGAUUUAUCCUACAAGACUUGUGCUUCCGUUUCAUCCAGAAGAAGCAGUGAUAAAUUUGUUCGCCAAAGUGAAUCUUCAUGGAAGAAAAAUAUAUGCAAGAAAAUGACACUGCAAAAAACUCAAAAUUUACUGAAGCCAAACCAGUUUAGUAGUGACUUUGAUGCCAUUUUCAUUCCUGUGAAUUUUACUGGCUCUGCUUGCAGGACAAACAGAACACUUAAUCUGUUUUUCUUAGAUAGCUCACUAAAUUCAGCCUUACUAGAGAAACUUAGUAUUCCCAGUUCUGUGGCAGUUCAAAAACCUUCUGUGAUAAUUAUUGAUAAGAAGAAUGAAGCUAAUUAUAUUCUCAGGGAAUCCUUCUCUAGAAAAGUCUUGGCAAGAUUCAUUCAGAAUUAUACAGAAAGUGCAUUAGAGCGCCAUCUGCGUUCCGAGAGUCCCAAGCACUCCUGUGAUACACAGUCACAUGACAAUGUCUGCGUACAGGAAGUUACUUCUGAGACAUUCCAUUCUGUUGUCAUGCAGUCCAAAAAGGAUGUGGUGUUAUUGAUGACUGCCAAGUGGUGUGGUUUUUGUUCCAGUUUCUCACACACGUACCUUCAGUUAAGAACAUAUUUCUCCUCUUCCAGGGAUCUGAUGUUUGCAAGAAUUGAUGCAGACAAAAAUGAUCUCAAGUGGGAGUUCACAUUGGAUUCAUAUCCCACAAUUCUCUUCUUCCCAGCUCAGAGAAAGGAAGACAGUGUGGUAUAUCCAACUGAUGUCCCCAAGACAUUGCCCAACUUGAUAAAGUUUGUAUUAACCCAUGCCACUAACAACCUGAAGACUGACACUGUGGUGGAUGUGUGCAGUAACGCCUGUAUCAGUCAAAACAGGAAGCGGGUCGUACAUGUCGUGACUUGCCUCCGAGCCAAGCAACGUAACAUCAAGCGCAGGAUCAGCCUUCUACUCCAGAGGCGAGCCCGAGGAGGAAGGCUGACGGAGGGUGCCUUAAGAUCGCUGUGGAGGAGGUACAGAAAUGGUCAUGGGAAGAUCUGGAAAGCUAGUCUACUGCAGAAGCUGCUGUUUUCUCACACAAUAGAGAGACUGUCCCAGUCAGCGCUGAAGAAACGUUUUGUAGACAUUCUGAGGGACGCAGAUUCGAAGAUGAAUAGAAUCAAACAUGAUGAAUUAUGAUUUUUAUGUGGGGGUGAAUUGGGAAUUAAUAAGCAUUUAUUUCAUUCAUUUUUAUUUUCAUUAGAAAUACAAUGUAAAUAGAAAGUGUUAUGAAUGAUUAAGAGUUUGCAAGCUGUAAUGAAAGCGUAAUAACUCCGUGGAAUUGGUCAUGGAUCAUGUGGUUGUUCAUGUGGGCAAAUGACUUUCUUUGCAGUGAAAAAUAUAGUUAUAAAUUUUAUGCUGCCCAUCAUGUACAGUCAAACCUCGUUAUCUCGAACUCCAUGGGGUCGAGAAAAAAACUUUGAGAUAUCCAAGGAUUCGGGAUAUCAAGGGUAAAAUACUUAAAGAAUAAGUGGUUAGGACUUCCAAAUCACUUCGAUAUAUCCAUGGUAUUCGAGAUGUUGGUGUUCGAGAUAUCGACGUUCAACUGUAAUUACUAUAGGAUGAAAACCAUGUUGCAUAAUUUCAGCAAAUGGAUUCGUAGUAUCAUUGAACAUUUUAACCGAAGGCAUGAUUAAUGCUUGUAUAAUACUGUUAAGGACCUGGGCCCAGUUGAAUGAAGGUUAAUUAACUUUAACUGACUGUUGAUUUGCCAUUAUUGAGAACAUUUAUAUAGCGUAUUAACUUGAAGUUAACUGUCAGUUAAACUGAACUAACUUUUGUUUAACUGGCCCCUGUUAUUUUAGUAAGAGUGUUCCUAAAAACUACAUGCUUAAUGCCCAAUACAUAGGUAUGUGCUGCAGUAUUCUUCACGAAGCCAGACAGUUGGCAUGUAAAUAAUUUUUAUGACUACAUGAUUUGUGCCAUUAGGUAAUGGUAUGGGACUUUUGAGUCCCAUGUGUUUAAUUAAGAGAAAGCUUGUCCUGUAUAUGUGUGUAAAUAGAUUAUUGUUGGCAUAUAUUCCAAACUAACGGACCAUUUCCUUUGUAGCACUUGUUACAGAAAUAGUGGUUGUCUCUAUCUUUUCAUUAUCAACAGUGUCUUAAUUCUUAACUCUCAGUCUGUUUUAAAAAAAUGUUUUAAUGUUAUUCAUAUAUAUCAUAUGUUAAUAUUGCCAAUGUAAUCAAUCAAAAUUUUGGAAAAUUUGUCUACAAAUAUUUUUUUAUGUCAUUGAAUCCUUCAUUUAUUGUGAAGUCAUUUUAAAUGCACUUUAUCAAGUCCAAAAUUUUCUGGCUCAUGUAAUUGCUUUCUUGCUGAGGUUGAUGUCAUAGCCAUUUAAUCAUUAAGUGUUUUUAUUUUGGGGUAAAGUUCUCAUAGUGUCAUCAGAUAUAUUCAUUUACUGCAGUAUCAUUUAAAUUCAUGGAGGCCAAUUUUGGUGGAUUUCUGAGAUUUUACACUUUCACAGUUUACAUUUUAUAUUCUAUAGUCUUACAGAGAUUUAAUUUUGUGGAUAUGAUUUCCAUACAUAUUGAAACAUCAUUUUGUUAUUUAGUUGUGGUUUGAAAUUCAUGGGAUAAAGGGGUACCCAGGAAAUCCACGAAAAUUGAGUCCCCGUGAAAUUUGAUGAUUCCAUGGUAUAUAUUAAUCACUAGCCAUAUUAUAAUGAUUAUGAAUUUCCAUACAUGUAUGCAAAUAUUUUUCCAUUUUGCCAAUAUUUUGAUAUAUGUUGCAUCUAUAGGAUAUUCCCUUAUAUCAACUGCCAAAUCUAUGAAUAAUGAUCAAUAUAUAUUAAUUCAAUUUUGAGUAUCUGUUUUUGUUAAUUAUCAUUUUGAUUAUUUUCCCUUUGUUAGUCUGUUUGAUGUGUUGCAUGUUCAGUAAUGAAAUCUCCAUGCUAGUGUUGUUGAGUGUAAUGUUAACAAAUUAUUUGAUGUAGUACAUGCACAAAGCACUGUGCAAUAAUUUUUGGUGAUGCUCUCUAUGAUAAAAUUAAUGCAGCUGUUUCAUCUUCGAAUGAUUCAUUCCUGAGGAUAUUUACUUCACUUCAAGAGAAAUUGUUGAGUAAAUAUGGCAGUAAAAUAUUUCUUUCGUGGCAACAAUUUUAGUGGAUUUGAAUUUGAUGGGAGUGGAGAGUAUUUUUGUCUUCUGAUUUCCAAACUAAACUUUCUAUUAAGAUAUUUGUGUAGUAUUUUUAGUCCCGGUAAGAAGUUUCUAAAGUCAUUUGGCCCAAAAUAUCGAUGAUUUCACUUGGAGCUCAAACCCUGGCAUUCAAAUAAGGAAUGGAUUAGCAAACCCAAAAUCCACUCAGUUUGAUCAGCAAAAUGAUUUGUGUCGUUUGACAAGAGCUAGAAGUUUGCAUAAAAUUGCAAAAAUUCCAUUUUCAAUGAAAAUAUCCACAAAUUUAUAAGGUUUUCCUUUCAGAAAACAUACAGCGCAUGCGUCGAGCAAAUUCAUAUUCAAGCAUGUUUUUCAUCUUAAAAUAGUACAAAAUAUAUAUCAUUUUCAUUUUGUUCGACAAAUGCGCACAUCUUUUCCUGAGCAAUAAUCUGUAUGACAUUUGACAGUUUUCAAGCUUAUUUUGAAAAAAAGGCAGGAAAUGUCUUAAUCAUGAUGUCAUAAUGCUAUCCAAUUAGGAAUAUCAUUCUGAUUUUGUUGACAUAGUAUACCUGGCAUAUAUUUUACUUUCUUAAAACGCUGAUUAAGAUUAAUUCCAGACACAUUUUAUAGAGAGAAAAUUUGGGGGCCUUUUUAUGUAUAUACAAUCGUACCUUGUUUUUUGAGAUUCAGGUCAUAUAGUGUUUGGUCUGCUUGUCUGCAAAAACUUUGAUCUUGGUCCUAACUUUUAAAUGGAUGGUGUUAAUUAAGGAUUUCAUAUUUCACAUGUGUAUUCCUUCUGACAAGACCUUAAUUUCUUUAAGUACCAAAUUUUUUACCUUGUGAUCUUGACCUUGGGGGUUGACCUUCUUUUGAAAAACUUUAGCCUUGGCCAUAACUUUCGAAUGGUUGCUGAUGUGGCUCUCAUACAUAUUCCACAUGUCUAUUUAUUUAUUUAUUUUUUUUUAAUUAAUUGAUUUUUUUUUUUUUUACACAAUUAACCUUUCUUUUGGUAGCAAUAUUUUUUACCUCAUGACCUUGGAGUUUGGCCAUACAGGGGCAUCAGUUUUUCACAAACACAUCUCAAUUAAUUUUGAAAAUGUUCUGCCUACAUGCAUUUGCAUAUAUAUAUAUGUUUACUUUUGUAUAAUGAUGCACUAGUCAUUAACGGAUAUCUAGUUAAUGUAAUUAUGCUUGUUAGUAAGAGCUGUCUCGACAUUGUUUAACCUAUAUCAUGUUCACACUGCAGUUCUCAAAAUGGUAAACUUAACCUGAGUCACCUCUAAAGAAAAAUAUCUAAAUUGAGUUAAGGUAGUACUCUACAUCGUCAUAAUGGCUGACUUCCUUUAAAAACAUGGAUGAAAAAAUCGAUAUCAGCAAUAUUUGACUUUUCCUUUUCCAUUUAAAUACCUAGCCGAGUAGCUCAGUAGGUUAGAAUACCGACUGCUGAACUGUAGGUUGCAGGUUCGAGUACAGCAGGGGUUUUAAAUUUUUUUCAGAUUACCUUCUACUAAAACUGUAUUUUUUGACAAAAUAAAGUAAAUUUGAAAAUUUUCAAGUUCAAAAUAUUGUUGUACAUAUCCUCCACUUUUCAUCUACAUCAAAUUUCUCUGGUGUAGCAUACCUCCUUAACUUGAUCUACUUUGCAACCCAUUGUGAACAUGUGGCGAGGUAGACAACUGUGUCCUGAGUAAAUUCGGAUGAACUUCGUUGUGUGAAGUGGCCUUAAGAUGAGUUUUUUGAUGAGAUAAUGAGAUGUGAUGUCUAUUUAAUGUCAAACAGUCAUUUCUAACUAGCCUUUAAAUCACUUUUAGAAUUGUAGUGCAAUAUUAAAAUCAAUUUCAUGCUGUACUUGACUCAAGUAUAAAUCCCCUGUAAUUAUGUUUUUUUAAAUGAUGAGCCAGUUCAAGGGUAAGUGUUAAAAGUUAUACAACUUGAUAUACCCUUUAUUGGGUAAGUGCGGUGUACAAGAAUUGUUGGCUUAUUUUUUGGAGGACCGAAAAAUUCACUUAAAGUAAAAGUACCACAUUUCUCAUUUAAAACAUUGAAUAUGAUAUACCAAGAAGUAAAGUGCCAACAUUUAAGACUACUUAUAUAUAUUUUUCCCAAAUAUUCCCAACACCAAAAUUACCUGAUGGUAUAUCUGUAUAAUUAUGUUGAUUAACACUGGAUUCCAUGCGAUGAAUAUUGUCACUCCUUUGAUAGUAAUUAUUUGGGGAUAUAUAUGUAUUCUGGUUAUGAUAUUUUGUUAUUUGAUUCUUUGUUAUUUAUUGUUGUAUUUAUGUAUAAUUGUCAACUGAAAGAUUACCAACAGAAAAGAUAGGGAAUGCUAGUUGUUUGCACCUUAUAUAACAAUUGCAUUAUGUAAAAUUAAUGGUAUUAAAUUAAUUAUUGCAGAAAUGUGAUAA